AUAGGCCAAACUAACUUAUAGUCACUAGGUAGAUAGUACACUACAUAUAGUAGGCACCCAUAAUUAUGCUAAGUAGACAAAUUUAUUUGGAUUUAUUUAUUGUUCAGUAAAUAUUAGGUACCAGUUACCAAUUCCAAACCAAACAUCACGAUUUUAGAUUGGAUUAUAGGAAUAAUAUAUCUAACUAUUUUUUAAAUGGAUCAAUUAGACAAAGUCGUGGCAGCAUAUCGCGUGACCGCACAAUAUCCGGAAUUAUUAUCUGCUAGAAUACUUAAUAGCUCAAAAGCUUCUGUUAAUGUUCAUUCUGUUUGGAUUCAAAAAGUUUUGGAGAGGCAAUCAGUAACCAAGUUCCGGCAAACUGUAUUUUCAGAUUUUAAGACUUAUACCUUAACAUCUCCGCCGACCGACAUAACAAAUGAGUUGAUAAGCGCGCACUCAAAAUCAACUAAGUAUUUUUGUGUGGUUAGAGAAAUUGAAUCUGGAAAUGAAAUAAAACAGUACUUAGAAGUAUGGGAUGAAUGUUCUCUGGUGAAAAAUUAUGACUUGAGUGCUUUAGAUGUGCACGGAAAAAUUUAUACUGAUGCUGAAUUUGGAACUCUAGAGUGGUCUCCUGAUGAAACAAAAAUUGUGUAUAUUGCGGAGAAAAAAGUCCCAAAGUCAGAACCGUUUUACAAACAAAAACCAAAAGCAUCCGCUGAUAAAGAUGGGGUGCAUAAAAGUGACACUGUGCCGGGUAAACAAUAUGAUUGGAGCCAAGAUUGGGGUGAACAGUUGGUCGGAAAGAUUACUCCAGUUUUGGUGGUAUGUGAUAUAAAAACAGAUACUAUAGAUGUUCUUCCGAAUAUUCCAAAUGAUGUUAAUCCUGCAACUGCAACAUGGACACCUGAUGGAAAAGGAGUUGUGGCAAUUGGACAUACAAUCACUGCUCGUAAAUUGGGUCUAAUUUACUGUGCUAAUAGUCCUAGCAUUGUAUUUUCUCUCACAUUAGAUGGCCAAUAUGAUGUGUUGAGUUCUAAUUCAGAACAAUUAUGUGUGAAGUUUCCCAGGUUCAAUUUGAAUGGCACAAAGCUUGUGUGGUUAGAACGCUUAGCAGGUGGGCCACAUAAUUCAUGCUUUAAAUUGAUCUCUUUCAAUUGGUCAACAAAAGAGAUUACUACGGUUGUUGAUUUUGACAAUCAAAAAGUCCACAAUAAUGAUGUUGAUCAGAAUGAAAAUUUACCAUUCUAUGGCCUAUAUGAUCUACUACAUCAUAUCAAUAUAUUGCCAAGAAAUUGUUGGUUGAAUGAUAAUAAAACUCUUGUAUUGAGUACUCCUCAAGGUGGUUCGAUACAUACAUUCGCUAUUAAUACUGAAACCAAAGUAAUAAGUUAUCUUCCAAUCACCAAACCGUUUCAUGAAAGUGUUAGUGUAAUAGAUAUUUGCAAUAAUAUUUUGGUGUGUUAUAAAUCAUCACUUAAUAAACCUGGACAAUUAUUUGCAAUCAAACUGCUUUCUACAUUUGAAGCAUAUGAUUUUACCAAUGUUUCCAUCCAUGAAAUUUCACCGUCCCAUAGUCUUCCUAAUAGUGAAAACUUUGUUGUUGAGCAUGGUUAUACUCUUUACAAUAAACCAACUACAAUUUUCUAUGGGCCAAAAAACAAUAACUGUCCUUUGAUUAUAUGGCCUCACGGAGGUCCUCAUUUAUCAUCUUUAGAUUUUUUUAGAGCUGAUAUUGCAUUCUUUGUCCAGUUAGGUUUUGCUGUAUUAUUUAUAAAUUACAGAGGAUCUACAGGGCUGGGUAAAGAUUAUGUUGAAUCAUUAAUAGGUAAAAUUGGUGAUUUUGAUGUCAAAGAUAUUUAUAAUGCACUUCAAUAUAAUCCUUUGUGGUCCAAUAGAAAAUUAGUGUUAUUUGGUGGUUCAUAUGGUGGGUUUUUAGUUACAUAUUUGAGUGGACAGUAUCCAUCUGAGUUUAAAGCAGUGUGCGCUUUGAAUCCUGUUACUGAUUUGAUUGCUAUGUUUGGGUCAACUGAUAUUCCUGAAUGGACCAUUACAGAAGCUGGUUAUAAUUUUUCUGAAGUAGAUAGCUUGGCAAAUUCUAAAGAUAUUUUAAUGAAAUUAGCAGAUUGUUCGCCGUGCAAAAACGUUCAUAAAGUUCAAGCUCCUACACUUUUAUUACUUGGUGAAAAAGAUUUACGUGUUCCUUCAUCUCAAGGUCUGGCAUAUUACCAUCUUCUUAAGAAGAAUGGUGUUACUGCUCGAGUGUUGAUGUAUGAUGAUUGUCAUCCAUUAAGUACUGUUACUGCUGACAUGGAUAGUUUGAUAAAUGCAGCAUUAUGGUUUAUCAAAUAUUUAAAUAGUGAUUCUGAAAAUUCAAUUAUCUAAAUAAAUCAUUCCUUAUUUUAUUGUGAAA